ACAAAUAUGUAAAGAAGUAGGAGGAGUAGAGGAGACCAAGCAAGGGGGGAGAUAAAGAGAGCAGUCAUAUGUUGCUUUGGUCCUCAGUAGUCUGUCAGCUACGAACGAGUGAACAUCAAUCCCCAUGCUUCCCUCAACUUAACUCAUCAAUGGCAAUCCAUAUCGCUGCUGCGUCCCGGGCUAUGGUGGCGCGCCUUGCCUUGGUUCUCAGAGUCACGUCCCGCUCGUCACACUCCCAGGAACCUCAUGAGCACCCAACCGGCAUCAGUCAAGCAUCAGUGGCGCCCCUGGCAUCGAAAAUCAGCAGCCAGUGCCCGUACGAGAAGAUGAUGGAGGCGCACAGAGCGAUUAUAUCCGAGAACCCCACGACCAUGAUCCCGCCGCACCAUGUGGACGAGAUCGCUGACCACCUGCUCUGCCAUCAGAUACAGGACCGGCCUAGCGACAAGGAGCUGCUCCAUAUUUACCGCGGCUGGGUGCUCACGGUAACACAUUAGAGGGCAGUGCUAACCAGAUGCAGCUAUUAUAACAUGUUUUUGUCUUUCUUCCUAAAUCUUUCUUCAUUUUUUUUUUAUUCUCUUUUUGUUUUUCAUUAAUCUCGUUUUGUUUUUCCUUUUUUUCAUGUGUGAGUGUAUGUUUGUAUGUUCCACAGUUUGUAGGAUGACGAUGCUUUAUACUGAGAUCUCAUUGUCUAUUUGUACAUUGACACUAGCGAGUACUUUCGCAGGCGUGCAUGUACUUUCGAUUCAUAGAUACCGUUUCUGAAAGUAGUGAUGUCCUUUUCUACAAAAUGUUUCAGACAAAAAACGAACAAACAAAAACAACUAGUACCUUACCUGUUGUAUCACCAGUUCUUCUUGGUCUUUGUAGAGCUUUCAUUAUAAAGCAGUGCAUUAGUCCAUAUGUUAAUUUCUAUAUAUUUUACAGACUUUUAAGCUCAUUAGACUUUGUGACAUCACCUCUUUGAGACAACUGCGUAUGUUCUAGAAUGUAAUGAGAGUUAAUACAUAAAUGCAAGCUGUUGAUUUUGAAGAUAAGUGUUGUUACAUAUCUCUAUCUAUUUUUUUACUGCUUCUUACUUUGACUUGUUCAAGAUAUUGAACAUUAUUAUUCAGCAUGAUUUGUAGGACAUGAACUAUUCAUUCAAGGUGUGUCGUUCUCAUACAAAUGGAUAGUUUUGUUUUUAAUAUAUUAGUUUUUGUUUAAUGGAAGAUAAAAUAAAUACAAUAACAGUGCCAGGAAAUCGGUUACCAAACAUAAUUUCUCUCUCUCUCUCUCUCUCUCUCUCUCUCUCUCCUCCUCUCUCUCUCUCCUCUCUCUCUCUCUCUCUCUCUCUCUCUCUCUCUCUCUCUCUCUCUCUCUCUCUUGAUGUAUAGCUAAAUUAUUUAUAUACAUUUUUUUUUUUAUUGCCUACUUGCUGACAAUCGGAUUUUCGUUAACCAAAAAACUUCAUUCUCGAAAUCCGAGCUUGACGACUGAGUGAAAAUAAUUGAUUUUCACUGUUGUUAAUAAAGACAUCAGUACAAUUA